AUGUGGGCCUUUUUGGUGCUCACCCUGGUGCUCAGUGUUGGGGCAUCAGAAAACAAUGACACAGCAGUGGAGAAGCUUGAAAUAGCCAGAGCUACAAUAUAUGCUCCCAGUGUGGUUGGAUGAGCCAUAAAGAAGAUGCCUGAGCUCUAUCACUUCCUCAUGGAGCAGAUGGCUUUGUACCAUAACUUGCAAUACAACUCAUCAGAAGAGAAGAAGCCCCGUCUGGUCUUCUACAAUGAGGCAGGAGAGGUGGUGAAGACCGUCCGGGUGAAGAAGAUGACAUCGGCUGAGAUCUGCAGCCUGCUGGACUCACUGGGCUUCUACAAGAGGUCCAAGAAAGGGGAGGAGGUGCCAGAAGACUUCCAGAACUUCCCCCUGCGCGCCCCCAGGGACGAGCUUUAA